AUGGAGGCGUGGGCGGUGGUGGUCGAGGAGGCGCCGGUGCUGGUGGUCGAGGAGGCGCCGGUGCUGGUGGUCGAGGAGGCGCCGGUGCUGGUGGUCGAGGAGGCGCCGGUGCUGGUGGUCGAGGAGGCGCCGGUGCUGGUGGUCGAGGAGGCGCCGGUGCUGGUGGUCGAGGAGGCGCCGGUGCUGGUGGUCGAGGAGGCCGGUGCUGGUGGUCGAGGCCGCGGCAGUCGUGGUCGAGGAGGCGCAGGUGCUGGUGGUCGAGGAGGCGCGGUGCUGGUGGUCGAGGAGGCGCCGGUGCUGGUGGUCGAGGAGGCGCCGGUGCUGGUGGUCGAGGAGGCGCCGGUGCUGGUGGUCGAGGAGGCGCCGGUGCUGGUGGUCGAGGAGGCGCUGGUGGUCGAGGAGGCGCCGGUGCUGGUGGUCGAGGCCGGUGCUGGUGGUCGCGCGGUGCUGGUGGUCGAGGAGGCGCGCGGUGCUGGUGGUCGAGGAGGCGGCGGUGCUGGUGGUCGAGGAGGCGCGGUGCUGGUGGUCGAGGCCGCGGUGCUGGUGGUCGAGGCCGCGGUGCUGGUCGUGGAGGCCGCGGCAGUCGUGGUCAAGGAGGCAGCGGUGCUGGUCGUGAAGGCCACGGCAGUCGUGGUCGAGGAGGCGCCGGUGCUGGUCGAGGAGGCGGUGGUGCUGGUCGUGGAGGCCGCGGCAGUCGUGGUCAAGGAGGCAGCGGUGCUGGUCGUGAAGGCCACGGCAGUCGUGGACGAGGAGGCGCCGGUGCUGGUCGAGGAGGCGCCGGUGCUGGUCGUGGAGGCCGCGGCAGUCGUGGUCGAGGAGGCGCCGGUGCUGGUCGAGGAGGCGGUGGUGCUGGUCGUGGAGGCCGCGGCAGUCGUGGUCAAGGAGGCAGCGGUGCUGGUCGUGAAGGCCACGGCAGUCGUGGUCGAGGAGGCGCCGGUGCUGGUCGAGGAGGCGCCGGUGCUGGUCGUGGAGGCCGCGGCAGUCGUGGUCGAGGAGGCGCCGGUGCUGGUUGUGGAGGCGCCGGUGCUGGUCGUGGAGGCCGCGGCAGUCGUGGUCGAGGAGGCGCCGGUGCUGGUCGAGGAGGCGCCGGUGCCUCCACAACCAGCGGUGGUGGUGGUCGAGGAGGUGCCGCCACAACCAGCGGUGGUGGUGGUCGAGGAGGUGCCGCCACAACCAGCGGUGGUGGUGGUCGAGGAGGUGCCGCCACAACCAGCGGUGGUGGUGGUCGAGGAGGUGCCGCCACAACCAGCGGUGGUGGUGGUCGAGGAGGUGCCUCCACAACCAGCGGUGGUGGUGGUCGAGGAGGUGCCGCCACAACCAGCGGUGGUGGUGGUCGAGGAGGUGCCGCCACAACCAGCGGUGGUGGUGGUGGUCGAGGAGGUGCCGCCACAACCAGCAGGAAUAUCAUCAAAGCCCCACAGUUCAAAUACAUCUGGUUCCUCUAGAGAUCUCCUGACAUGAUGCCUCCGAUCUUUUCUUGGUAAUGUACGGUGACAAGCUGCCAGCAUCGUGCACAGUUUCCCAGUAGAGUCAACAUAAAGUAGUUCAA